UUAUCUUGACAUUUCCACACUCUCUGGCGAAGCUAAGGUAGCGAGGUAGCUCAUUGGCUCAACGUCACAUCGUUGUCUUCAUGUUUACAGCUAGUCGGACAGAAAAAUGUUUAGAUUUCAGCUGGAAUUAGUGCCAGCAUGCGGCUGGUGUCCGUGAACAUGAGUGUCGCAGGGAGAACGUGUUGUGCGUCCAGUCUACCGUCAGCGUUGUUUCCUCGGUCCUCCUCUGUACUGGUUUCCGCUCAUUAGCAUCACCCAUCGCUCGCCCUAGCGUCCAGCAGCGAUGUACAAGGAGGGGGACGAGGUGCAGGACGACUGCGGCUCCCGGGAGGAGUGGACCCUCCUGUUCUGGACCUCUCUGGCCGUCAUCGUCCCGGUCAUCAUCACACUGUGGUGCAGCGCCCAGCGCUCCAAGCGGAAAACGCACAUGAAGGAUUUCUUUCGCAAGAGCAAGCACGGCUGGCACUACACGGACCUGUUCAACAAGCCCACCUACUGCUGCGUCUGCUCCCAGCACAUCCUCCAAGGGGCUUUCUGCGACUGCUGCGGCGUGUGCGCCGACGAGCAGUGCCUGCGCCGGGCCGACCGGAGCCUGACCUGCAAGGAGAUCAUGGCCCCCUCGAGUCCCGGCGGAGCCAUGGAGCACCGCUGGGUCCGCGGAAAUGUCCCCCUCGCCAGCUACUGUGCAGUAUGCAAACAGCAGUGUGGGACCCAGCCGAAGCUCUGCGACUUCAGGUGUGUGUGGUGUCAGGCCACAGUGCACGACGACUGCAUGGACAGCCUGCCGGACGCAGACCAGUGUGACCUGGGCGAGUUCCACAGCCUCAUUAUCCCUCCUCACUACCUCUACCGGGUCAACAAGCUCCGUCGCAGGCACCCAGACGAGUACAGCAAGCUGGCGUCGUCCUGUGGCAGUGGCUGGACUCCAGUUUUGGUCUUGGCUAACACACGUAGCGGAAACAACAUGGGGGAGGUUUUGCUGGGAGAAUUUCGCACCCUUCUGAACCCAGUGCAGGUGUUUGACCUGUCUGAGCUGACGCCCUCCAAAGCCCUCCAGCUGUGCACCCUGCUGCCCCCCGGCAGUGUGCGGGUGCUGGUGUGUGGGGGUGACGGCACAGUGGGCUGGGUGCUGGAUGCCAUCGAUACUAUGAAGCUGAAGGGCCAAGACCAGUUUAUGCCAAGGGUGACCAUCCUGCCCCUGGGGACAGGAAAUGACCUUUCCAACACUUUAGGCUGGGGUGCCGGGUAUGCUGGCGAGAUCCCUGUGGAACAGGUUCUCCGUAACGUCCUUGAUGCAGAGGUGGUCAAAAUGGACAGAUGGAAGGUGCAGGUGGCUUCAAAAGGCCUCUACUUUCGUAAACCAAAGGUUCUGUCCAUGAAUAAUUACUUCUCUGUGGGGCCCGACGCUCUGAUGGCGCUCAGCUUCCACACACACCGCGAGAAAACACCCUCCUUCUUCUCCAGCCGUAUCAUCAACAAGGCUGUUUAUUUCCUGUAUGGCACCAAAGAUUGUUUAGUGCAGGAAUGUAAGGAUCUGGAUAAGAAGAUUGAGCUGGAGUUGGAUGGGGAGAGGGUGGCGCUGCCCAGUCUGGAGGGCAUCAUAGUUUGCAAUAUUGGCUACUGGGGCGGAGGCUGCAGACUCUGGGAGGGUAUGGGGGAUGAACCCUGCCCCCCCACACGGCUGGAUGAUGGUCUGCUGGAGGUGGUGGGUGUGUUUGGCUCCUUCCACUGUGCUCAGAUCCAGGUCAAGCUGGCCAACCCUGUGCGGCUGGGUCAGGCCCACACUGUCCGGCUGGUUCUCAAGAGCUCCAAGAUGCCCAUGCAGGUGGACGGAGAGCCGUGGGCCCAGGGUCCCUGCACCAUCACAAUCACCCAUAAGACCCAGGCCCUCAUGCUGUACCACAGCAGCGAGCAGACGGACGAUGAUGACGACGAAUCCAGCGCCUCUGAGACGGAGAGCCCCACCCCUCACGACUCACCCAGGCCUGCAGGGCCGGCCUCCGCUCGUGCAUGACCCACCCCAAACAUCACGUGAUCUAAAGCUCUUCUUGUCUUAGUGUCUGUCUUCUUUCUGCAACCCAGUUUCUGUGAGUCCCUCAUUUGCAUUGGCACUUACUCGCCCCUCCUCAAUGAUCUUUGAACACACUCUAUCCUCAAAUCAUGUCGAUCAGAAUAGGUGUCAUACAUUUCCUGUGUAAUCCUUUCAUAUGUUUUCAGGGAGCUCACAGCGGUUAGAAAGGUCCAUUUGGAAUGGGGCUGGCGUGAUUUGUUUUUCGCUGUUUUAUUUCCACACUCCCCAUACAUUGUAACCCAGAGCUCAGGCAGUUCCCCCUCCACAGGUGGGACAGUCAGGAGGAGGUGAAUGUUUCGGAGAAAGAUGGCUGUUUAUUUGCACUGAUCCCUUGUGCCAUAGAUAUCUAAUAGUCGACUAUACUGUAUUUAUUAUACUGUAUUUUCAAUUGAAUGCCCAGUCAGCCCUGCAGGUAUCAGUGAGCCAUUUUUAAGAAGUUGCCCAGGUUCAGUUGACCAAAUGCCCUCAAAGCCAUGUCUCCGUCAACAGCAGGUGAUAAAGUAGUAAUACAGUGCUGUCACAAUGAAUGGCUGACGGUACAUGCAAAGCUUUUUGGCCCAUUAGUGAUUUUUUUUUUACUCCAAUAAGAGCACAAACAGCAAACGCAUUUUCUGCAAAAGAUGAGUGUUGUACAGAUGGUGGGUGAAAUGUGAAACUGUACACAAUAUCUGUUAAAUUCCCCUUUCAGGCUCCUCGUCAUCAAAACGCUGAUAGUUUUUAAGUAUCUCCUGCAUUUGUUGAUGAUGAGGCUUUGAAAUAUGUGACGGCCAAAAGGUCUCUGAAUCUCAAUGGAGCAAAGGCUCUGUUACAACUGCAAUGUGUCAAUCAAAUGUGUCAAUCACUGGACGUCGAUGCUAGUUUGCUUACUUCAUGAUGCACUGUCUCACGUAGCUCGCCAAAACUGUUAGAUUGUACUAAGAUACAGUCUCGAAACUAUAUUUAACUUUCCUGUAGGAGCUACAGGAAACAGCCUGACUUGUUUACUUUGAAAGUACUGCCAAGUAACUGUUGUUAAGGAUUUUCAUUUUGCCUACAUGUAAAACCUUUCGUUUGUCCUCUUCUUUACAUAGUUCCUCCUGUUUACAUAUAUUGUGCUGCACUGUUUUGGCACUUACACUGCUAAACACCUUACACUGCUUAGGACAUAGAUGACACCAUGAUGUUGAAACGUGAUGUUGCUGCCGGUUGUGAUAACUGCUGAUGAGAUUAAGCUGUCCUAUGUUGUUAUUUUAUGUUACUCAAGUCAUCCUCUUGCAUUUCAUCAAUUUAUGUUUUACCAGAUAGUCACCACAAGGUGGCAGACUAAAGACAGUGUUUUCUGUAGCCAGGGUCUUUACACUAAUCUCUACAGUUUAAUAUUAAGACCAUCAGAGUUACUUGCAUGUACUUUUCUGUGUUGUGUUCAGGUGAUGUUGAUCUAACUGUUGAUUUUCAUUGGUUGCAUCUUUUCAGUACUCAUAAUGUGUGUAACAUAAUGUGUGCAGGAGGUCAUUUGUCCUUAUGUCUGUCAAAUAGCCUACUCGUAGGGAAAUUCCUUUUACCAUUUGAGGUGGUCCUGUUUAUUGCAGAAAGAAAAAGAAAUUGCCUGUUGCUCACAGCCAUAUAAGAAAAGCCUACAGUGUUAGUUUAUGCUUAACCCGGAGCCAACUUGUUGAUCAUAAGGCUGAACAGGGAUCCGUUUUUAGCCGUGUGAUGCCUAUGCUUUUGGAAUAUGCACCUCCUUGGCAGGGAACCAAGCCUCAUGGUUUCAUCACUCUGUUUGUUUGGUGAAUUCUUCUUGCACAAGGACACCUGUUUGAUCUUUUACCUGAUCCAUGUUUACCAGAAUUGUGUGUGUGUGUGUGUGUUGUGUUGAAUUUGCUGAAAUGUAACUGGGGUUUGUUUGAAGGCUUUUAGCCACACUAGAAGCAUGACUCUAGUUCAAAACACUGUUUUCGAAUUAUAUACCUCAAUAACUGUAGUGCAGUCUGUUACACACAUUGAUGGUCCACAGGGAAGAGUCCUAAUCAUUUUGUGUAUCCUAUUUAUUCAGCCCCACCAACAGGUUAAAUGUGUGACUGUCAGACACUUAAGUUUGCAUGUACAUAUGGCAGCACAUGCUAACAUGUUAAGUACAAUUAAUUUGAAUCAGGUAAGAGCUUAAAGCUGCAGUCAAAUAGCGUGUAUGUGUGUAAUGGAUCACACUAUGUUCCCAGGCUCCAGUGCUGAGAAAUAAGCAUCUGUCCCCUGCAACAUGCAGUGUAAAAUAUGUUAGAUAUGUCCUCCAGGUGCAUUUGUCUGAAAACAGAAGUGUGACUCCCCUCUCCCAACUUUACACUUGGUUUUGCCCAGUACCCUCGUUCAGUGCGUUGGUCCAGGAACUUUUGGAACUUUUCAGAUCCUCUUAAAGACUUUCUUUCUUAAAUGCCACCAGCCAAAAGUUUUGCAAAUCUAAACCAUCAGGGGAAAAAACAAUAAAAAUUCUAGUAAGUCAUUCCCAUGCAUGCUGCCCAGAGCAGUGAACAGCUCUUUUGCCAACAGCGUUGGUCCCUUAUAAACAACAGAAAAUAUCAAAACAAAUGUCAAUGUAGUCAUCAAAAAUGUUCUAAAUGUGCAAUUUUUCAUUUAGAAUUGUGGGAAAUGCAUUAACUAAUUCUGGUGGAGGGCUCUCAUUUGGACCUAGGAUGUAACAGUAGAAAAGUGCUCUCUCCCAUUUUAAACCAUCCAACAAAUGUGUUUCCUGGUGUGUAAUGAUGGCUGUUACGCCUCACAAGAUUGCUAGUGUGGCUAAAGACUUUUACUUGUUCUACUGUUAAGAUUGUAGGGACAUGACUGUGAUGUUUUGAAUGCUCCCAAUUCACAGCUGUUUUAUUAAUUGUUCAGUCUUGGCAGAUAUAUAACAGUAUUUAUAUAGACUCAGUUCAGCAAGGCAAAUGUCACCAUGUUGUGUGUACCAAAAUGCUUUCAUUAUUACUUAAUAUAUAUUUGAAUAGGCUUACUUCUUUGCUGUCAAAUAUCUGUAAAAGUAACCAACCCUACAGGCUGACUGAAGGUUGACUACAAUAUGAUCUUAAAAAGAAGCCUUAUUCGGCCUCUGCUAAAGAGAAAAUACAAAGGACCUGUGUCUGGGAGAAAAUAAGCUUUUGGUAACAAUCAUGUAAAACUAAGCCAUUGACAAAAAUGGUAGUCAAGAGGGUUGUUGCGGAAAUUGUUACUACAGGUGACAAAUGGAUUUGGAUUGAAUGUAAUGAAGCAAUGUUUUGAAUUUGAAAACAUUCCCAUAAAUAUUUUCAUAUAGAA